UAUUUAUUGUCCGACCCAAGUCAUUCCCUCAUAUACCCUUUUCCCCUUUCUUUCUCGUCAUAUUUAUUGUCCGACCCAAGUCACUCCUUCAUAUACCCUUUUCAUCUUUCUCUCUCAUAUUUAUCGUCCGACCCACGUCACUCCUUCAUAUACCCUUUUUCCCUUUCUUUCUCGUCAUAUUUAUUGUCCGACCCAAGUCACUUCUUCAUAUACCCCUUUCACUUUUCUCUUUGUUCCCCGACAUCUCUUCUUCAAGCCUCAAGUCCACCAGCCCCGCUAUUGCAAUUGACCUGCACCCGUUUGCGCACCACGGUUUACUCGCAGCUCCAUAUCCAAUCUUCUGACUCUUACGACUUUUACGACCUUCACGACUUUUCAUGACUUUUCACGACUUUUCACGACUCUUUACGACUUCUUCUCCACCCGGAUGCCAGAAGGGCCUGCACCCAUUCGCACGCAAUACGGUCUAUACAUGCAGCUCCGUACCCAGCCUAUUCUAUGAUUACGACUUUUCUCUUCCCCCGGACGCUGAAAGGGCCUGCACCCAUUCGCGCACGCUACGUACACGUAGCCUAUUCCAUCUGGUCUGCUAUAUGGUUCGUCCGCGACUCGUCUCCUCAUGCCUCUUUAUGCCUUAUGACACUUAUGACAUUAUGAUUCAUGAUAAUAUACCGUCGUCACUUUCUUACGACACCCCCAUACCACUUUUCCUAUUAUCUUUAUGCCUUAUGCCAUUUUUCCUAUGCCUUAUACCACUUUCCCUACCUCUUUAUGCCCUAUGCCAACUUUUCUUCUAUAUCCUAUGUCUUUAUGCCACUUUAUACGAAAACAAGACAUGAUUUUUAAACUUGUGUGCUUUAAGAUCAGGG